CCGAAAAAUCUGGAAUAGUUUCCAUAGAUAACACAAAUUAGGUCCGUUUUACGGUUUUGAACUUUGGACCACAAUGGUUUUCACUUGGUGCAGUGUUCCGCUAUGCAGGAAUUUGGCGAGUUCUCACAAAGAUCACCAGUUCUAUCCGUUUCCGGAGAAUCCACAUCUCCGUUCCGUAUGGAUACAACGUACGCAUUAUACCGAGGAAAUUGUCGGACGGGAAGCCGUUUGCUGUUUACACUUUGUGAAAAGCUCCUUCGAGUAUUCCAAGCAAACCAAUUCCUAUGUGCUGAAAUCGGACGCAGUUCCCAAUCAGUACUUGCCAAAGGCAGGCGAAUCGGGAAGUUUCCCGUUUACACCGAACAAGGCCAGGAUAACGAAGCAGGAUGCGGGACUGCACUUUUCUGAACUGCUUCGGAAGUUGCGAGGAUCAACGGUGACUACCAUUACCCGACCGAAGCAACGUUAUCUGUCGAAACAGGAUAUGGAGGUCAGGAAAAAGCUAAAGGAUGAUCCGUACAUCCGGGAAUACGUGCUGAAGCAAGCUUUUCCCAAUUUGAACUACGAAGUUCUAUCGUCGCUGCUAAAACAAUUCUCAGAUCCCAGUGGGACCGUGGCCAUCAACCAUAGCGUGGCAAGGCAUGUUAUUUCAUUAACCUAUCAAACGACAGCCGACCUGGAAGCAGCGGAUGAGCUGAAUCCGCGGAACAUGGUACAACUGGCUGCAGAUGAAAGCUACGCCUUGCGCAUGACACCGCGGGAGCUGGCGGAUGAGCUCGACUUUACCGGUCAGGUGAGUUAUUCGGAAAAGUUUCCGAACAUCUACCGGGACAACUUUUUCGACAAUUGGCCAACGCAGCGUCGCAAGCGAGGUAGAACGGCCGUUGAUCAGGAUACCGAUGCAGAGGUGGACCUAUCAAAAGUUCCACCCUACAUGGUGUGCGAUAAAUGCUGCAAGCUGAUACCCAGCGAAAUGGCCAUGGCCUCAGCUCAUCUGCAGUUGUGUGACUUCCGGAUGUCACAGUGUACGACCUGUUUUGCUGGUUUUCUAUCGCCAAAGGAGUUGCAGGAACACGUCCAAGGAUCUCACCCAGAAGCACUGCAUGAGCAGGCCAGCUUGGGACCGUUUCAGUGUGGAAAGUGCGGCAAUACUUACCACAAGUUGGUCUUGUUGAAACAGCACAUAGCUGAACACCAGGGCGGUAAGAAGGAGGCGAAAUUCGAAUGCGGAUUGUGCACUUCAGUGCAUCAGACAAUCCAAGCCUUGGCAGUGCAUUUCACCGAAAGUCACGGACUGAGGCAAUCAAAAACGGCAAAAACAACGACGACGCCGGCAACGGCUUCAGAAGCAAAAGAAUCACUUCCAGUUGCAUACAAAUGUGGUUUCUGUGGGGAUGAUUUUGCGCAGCCUCAACAGGUGGCUGACCAUCUGAAGGAGAAGCACAUGGGAGAAUUGGCUAAAUCUACCACUGAGCAACAGCAGCUUCCGGUAGCGGUUUCCACCAAAUCUGGGACCAAAAAGAAGACCCCAGUGCAGUUGACUGCAGCCGACAUGGGUGGACCGGAGGGAACGUUCGAUAUUUUCCUGUGCAAGCAAUGUCCGGCCCGUUACCGAACCCUGAAUGAUUUCCAGAUUCACUCCAACCACAGUGGCCAUCAGUUGCUACGCAAUUGCACCUUCUGCGAGACCAGCUUCACCACUGAAGCCGCCUACAAUCAGCACAUCAAUACACACAAUCCGGACCUAUUGUUUCGUUGCAAUGGAUGUGUAGGUCGAGGAAAUAGCUUCCGUACCUUGGAGGAUCUCAUCGGACAUCGUAAGCAAGUGCACCCCAAGGAACCGGCUCCGAUUUUCAAGCUUUGUGAAAUAUGCAAAAAGGGCGUCUACACUCCCACGAUGACACAGCAUAGAGCUUACCAUAGGUCCAAUAUGCAAGUGCAGUGUGCCAAAUGCGAUGCUAUGAUUCCCGCAAUUGAACAGAAAUCGCACGCCCAGCGACACAAAAACGAACAGAACAUCCUUCGCAAAUGUAGAUUUUGUAAUGUGUUCGAAGCCAGAGAAAUGCUGUCGGAACACGAAGCCAUAUACCAUCCAGAGGAGGACCCGUACAGCUGUGCACUCUGCAAUACUAAAUGCAAUUCUCAGGAGCUGCUGAAGCGCCACGCCACCGCGUGCCACAUUCCGAGCGAAUUCAAAUCGCUUGGGCCGUGUCUGUACAAAACCAUCCAGGUCGAAGAUGCCGAGUAUUAUGAAUGUCGCAUCUGUUUAAUCGAUUAUAUCUACCGGAGCGACAUGGUGAAGCACAUCCGGCUGGACCACUCGAAUAAAAUGCGUUGCACUACCUGCACGAUCUGCGGUCGUAUAUUCCGAAGAGAGCGAACGCUGCUAACGCAUCUGAAGAAAAUGGAAUGCCAACUCGGUCAGAAUUUGCCACUGGUGAAGAAGCCGUGCUUGAUUUGUAAAAAGUGGCUCCUGAAACGGGAUCACGAGGCGCACUUUAAACAGGAACACCCGAGGCUGUUUCCGAUGGAAUGUGUCCUUUGCGGGCAGUGCUACAAUCGGCAGAACCUAUUGCAACAGCACGUAACCCAAGAUCACAGCAGCGAGGAACGGGGCACGUUCAUUUCACUGCAGAGGGGAUUCCAGGUGUUCAACGACGGGAAGUAUCAAUACUUCGAGUGUAGAUUGUGCGGGGCGGAGUACACUCACAAGGAAAGCUGCGAGGAGCACCUGCAGGCGCAUUUGUUGGAUGAGCAGCCGACGAUCGAAGUUAUGGAUGUAGACGACACGAAUCUGGUAGAAGAGGAUGAGGUUUGAUAUCUGUAAUUAUGGUAGAUUGGUUUACAGAUAAUAUACAACAAUACAUCAAGAAACCAA